GAGAGGGGUGUUCGGCCCCGGUUAUAUUAACAUCAGACGUUUUGGGCCGUGAAGGGAGGGAUUUGGGUAUUUUUGUGCUCAAUCGCCUGUCUGUGAUUAGCACUAUCUGCAUACAAAACAAACAGUUAGCAGAAGAACGAGGAGACCCAGUAUUUCCAAUGGUGCAGCUUUCCCCUUCCCCUAUACCUUGCCUUUCUCCUACAGAACAGGCAGAUGAUGGGAAGAUGACGGUCAAGGCUGAGAAGAAGCAGGGAAGCCCCAAGUCUGAUGCCCAGCCUUCCCUCACCUCACUGCAGCUGGCUCUGUCUGCUUCCACCACCACUUACCAGGGCUAUGACACCUACAUAGAGGAUGGGCUAAUCUGCCUUAAACACAAGAUCAGAAACAUUGAAAAAAAGAAGAUUAAGCUGGAGGACUAUAGGCAGCGUCUGAAGGAAGGAGAACUUCUUAAUCAAGAUCAACUGGAGGCAGUGGAAAAGUAUGAUGAAGUCAUUCAUAAUUUGGCAUUUGCCAAGGAGUUGCAGAAGACAUUUGGUUCACUGAGUCAAGAACUGUUAAAAGCCCAGAAGAAGGCAGUGCGGCGUGAGCAGGUUCUGAAGAUUGAAACAGAGAAGCGCCGCCUGCGCACCAUCCUCCAGGUGCAGUACAUUCUGCAGAACCUGCAGGAGGAGCACGUGAGGAAAGACUUCCGCAGCGGCCUCAACGGGGCCCUCUUUCUCUCUGCCAGGGAGCUUGACUACCUCCUGAAGUUCUCCAAACUUGCCUCCCUGAUGCGCGAUGAGCAGAUGAGCCUGGAGGACCAGAUGGAGCAGGCAACAAGCUACCUUUGGGAGUUACUUGAAGGAGGAGAAAAAGUUGUGGUUGGUACUACCUAUAAACACCUGAAGGCACAGAUGGCAAAACUGAUGGACUGUGGGUACUUUGACCACAUUCCUGUCCCUCAGAGUAAGAUGCUGGAGGAGGUGAAAGAGGUUCAUAAGGUAGUGGAAGUGAUGAAGACAGAACCGCUAAGCAAGCUGCUGACAGAGGGUGCGAAGGAGCUGGUGAAAGUACCAGAACCUUCUGUGCAGAUUAUACAGACAAGGGAAGUUCAGUCAAGAGAGUUUCUUAACAGACGCUACUUGCCUGAAACAGACUUCCACAGCCAAGGAAAGACAAAGACCCUGCAGCCCUGGAAAGCAGAUUUUGCAGCCACAAAACAGGAGCCUCCUGACUCUUGGGAGAUGCAGUUUGAUGAUAGCAGAACGACAUCCCCACAGCCAGUGCCAACCAAGCAAGGGAGACCUGCUGCUGGGCUUGUUGCAAAAGCCCCGGUGGAGUCUAAAGUAACAGCCACUUCACCAAAACCGAAACGUGAGCGGAAACCCAAAGAUGAACAUGAAGUUAAACCAAUGCCAAAGCCAAUACAUUCCCCCAUAGCUGUGUUCAAUUCCACUUCCUCCCUUCCAAAGGACCCAGCACUGAGAAGGCAGAAGCUACAAGAUUUGAUGGCUCAGAUCCAAGGGUCAUUCAGUUUUAUGCAGGACUCUGUGCUGGAAUGUGAGAGUUCACCUGUGAGUGCCAUGCCCCUGUUAACACCGCUUUCUGUGCUUGCCUCAUCCACCCCCAUAGCACCAAGAGAACCAAAGCAGAAAAAACAAGCCUUGCAGACUGGCUCUUCAACUGAUCACAGUCCCGGCACUAGCUUGAAUGGAGAUCGAUCACUGAGUGGUUCUGAAAUUGACCUUGCUUCAGCAGCUGCACAUGAAACUAUUUCAGCAUCGCCUGAGGCAGUGUCCUUUGUUUCUCCUCCAGCAAUAUAUCAAACUGCAUCAAUCCCAGCCCCUUUGGUAGAGAAGGGCAUGGACCCGACUCGGAUGCCUCUGCUAUGUGAAGAGCAGAUGCCCCUUUGCAACGACACAAUAUCAACCCCUGAAUUACAGACUCAGGCAUUCCAAUCACCUCCCACCAGCAACCAUACCUUAAGCAUGAGUGCAGCUCCCUUUCAGGCCAUGCAUACUGUUUUUAAAGUGAAUGCUUCAUUGCCGCCGAGGGAUGAACCAGACAUGAAACCAGAAUCCUACAACCAGAGCCAUUCUACAGCCAGCACCCAGACAACCCCGCAGUGUUCCUCGCAGCCAGCCUACACGCUCGACCAAAACGCUCUCCCUCAUGAAACCCUGCAGCCAGUCACAACUUAUCAGUCUGAAUGUCCAGUUAGCAAUGGAUGUCAAGUUUACAUGUCUCCAGGACAACCGAAUGCCUUCCCUCGCUCAAACCAAGCCUACUACAAUAACAGAGGCGCAAUAAGAGGAACACCCCGUGGGAGCAGAGGCCUGGCAAACUCUUAUCGCUCACCUGGUGGAUAUAAAGCAGGGUUUGAUGGUUACAGAGGUGGAAUUCAUUCUCCGUGUGGAAACUACACUCAACAAUCCUAUCCUGCCAGAGAAUAUACAACAAUGCUAUAUGGAUCAAGGGAAGCUGGGUAUCAGCAGAACUAUAAACGUGGAGGAGGGCCUGCUGGACAGAAAGCAAAUUCAAGAGCAGGGUGGAGUGACUCCUCUCAGGUGAGCAGUCCAGAACGAGAUCAUGAAACCUUCAACAGUGUGGACUCUGGCCAGGGGGACUCCCGCUGCAUCACGCCUAUCGACAUUCCGGUCACGAGCCAGGCGACCACCCUCAUGCCUGUGCAUGUCUACCCGCUCCCUCCACAGAUGCGUGUGGCCUUCUCCGCUGCCCGCACCUCCAACUUCACCCCGGGCACCCUGGACCAGACCAUCUCCUUUGACCUGCUGCUCAAUAACCUCGGGGAGACCUUUGAAAUGCAUAUGGGCCGGUUCUCCUGCCCGGUCAAUGGCACUUACGUUUUCAUUUUCCACAUGCUGAAGCUGGCGGUUAAUGUACCGCUCUACGUGAAUCUCAUGAAGAAUGAAGAGGUCUUGGUGUCUGCCUAUGCCAAUGAUGGUGCCCCUGACCAUGAGACUGCCAGCAACCAUGCUGUGCUUCAGCUUUACCAAGGAGACCAAAUCUGGCUUCGUCUACACAGAGGUGCCAUCUAUGGAAGUAGCUGGAAAUAUUCCACAUUCUCUGGCUACCUCUUGUACCAGGACUGACUUUCCUGAAAUUGUGACUUAGAUUUGUAGAGUUUCAAUGCUUUGCACUUAAACACUGACACUUUAAUCAGGGUGUGAAAAACAUAACAUACCCAGAGUUAUGUAUUUUCUCCAUUUAAGAAGCUCAGGUUUUGUUUGGAUUCCCCCACACAUACUUUUAUUUAUUUAUCAUCCCCCCCCCAUUGCUUUUGAGUAACUUCUAGUUGCCAUUGUCAUAUUACUUUGAAAUGUAUGCAAAUAUGAGGUGAGCUACCGGUUGCAGUUUAAGCUUCCAUGACUGUUUUAAUACCAGAUAAACAGGCUUCCUAAUUUUAAAUCGAAAGUUAUUUUAAAAGCCAGUUGCUGGGUUUAGGGAUUGAACAUACUGUAUUUGAUUUGAUCUUUAAAAAUGGCAGGUAUAUUGUGUGUGGUUGCUUACUUCUGAUACAGAUGUUUUGCAUUUCAAAAGGUUGAAGAGUAGGUAAUAAUUCUGUGCCCUUGUAAUAAGAUAGCCCAAUUAAGAGCUGUUGAAUGGAGCUGGAUUUAGAUGAACAACGCUAGCUGAGCACUUUAAUGUCAAUGUUGCCUUGAUUUGUUUGUUUUGUUUAUUUUUUUUUUUUUUGGAGGGGGUUGGGGUACUGAGCUAUGAAUGUGUAUGUUUGUAAACAUUAAUCACAGACUCUGCCAUGUACUUGUUUUUCUGGUGACUACCUUGUCAAUGACUUUGCUCAAGUAUGGGCUAUUUACAGUGCCUCAUUGUGCCUAACUAAUAAAUAAGACAU